AGCAUUCUGUGUACCGCAGCCAUUACCUUCUGGUCAGGCAUAAACAAGCACAGUGACAUUGCUCUACAUUGCUCUACGCUUCUUUGUGGAGUCUGAAAUGUCUGCCCACUGUAAGGUGAAUGCUAAAUACCACCCAUUUGGAACGGUAAACAGUUUUGAACAAACAUAAAGUAGACAGACUGAAGUCCUAGCAUCCCAUUAUUUUGUCUCUCUCUCAUUCUCAUAUGGAUUUUAAAGCUUUAAUUAGGCAUUAAGCCAGCCCAGAGCCUGAAAGAUACCCAUAGAUUUUAGAGCUGGAAGGCUUUUAGAAAAUUUGUCCAGCUUCUUCGUUUUACAGAAGGAAAAACCGAGGCCCUGGGACAUGUUAUGAUUUAAUGUAGGUCACACAGUUAAUUAGUGACAGAGCGAGAGGGAACCCAGGUGUCCCCACACCUUCGUUGACCGAUGGUUUUCUAGUAGGCCACCUGCUCCUAGACCAGUGUCCCCCCUCCUUGCCCCCCCCGUUUGUCUUUCUUUCCCUUCAUAGCUGUGCAAAUCAGAACGUGGGCCUGAACAUCGGGAAGACUAGGUGUCAGCCCCAGCUCUCCGCCACUUGAGGUGCGCUUUUCUCUCUCUCUCUCUCUUCUCUCUCUCUCCAUCAGGACUUGGGGCUGGGUCUCUCCUUAGCCUGGCGCCUUCUCCAUGGCAGGUGCUUAGCACCUGGGCUGAAUCGCUGCAUCAUCGCGGCGCCACUCUCCUUGCUCCCGAUUUUACAGCACAGGCGUGUGUCACGGCGGUGUCAGAGCGUAAGGAGGACGCGGGUCCGAAUCACGCCGUUUGUAAAGGGAGGGUCAGGACAUCCUCUCGGUUCCCGGUUGGCCCCGGGCUGGAGAAGAGAUGCCCAGCGCGUGAGUGACCUCGGCGCCGACCCCGCCACUGGUCAGCUCGCGGCCGGGGCGUGCCUGCCGGGCCUGACGUGGCGGCGGGGCCGCGGGGAUGGGAGAGGCUGUCGCGAGGGCGCGGCCUGACGUGGCGGCCGCGGCGGGGCGGCGAGGGGAUCCCGGGCUACUGCACUGCCCCGCGCUCCGGCCAGAGGGCGCCCGGCCCCAACACUUCCCCGCCCCGUGGCCGCCCGGGGCUCCAGGAGUAACCGCACCGGCGAUUGGGUCGGCGGCGCGGCGGGGCCAUGUUGGAGCUGGCCGACGACCCCGCCUCCCGCCGCCCUCCGCCCCGGGUCGGGCCGGGCCGCGAGGGAAGCGGAGCGGGGAGAGGGAUCCUCCCUCCCGGGUCGCCCGACGCGGCAGGAGCGGCGGCGGGAGCGGCCGCGGUCACAGCCGCCCCUCCGAGCCCCGGCCAAUCAGCGGCGCGGGCACAAAUAUGCAAAUGGCGCGCCGGUGCUGCCGGAGUGCCGCUCGCAGGGGCUGGUGGGGUCGCGCUGGGGGAGUGAACUGGGCCAAUCAGGCGGGUGCGUGGCGGCGCGGGGGAGGCGGUGCCCCUUCACUCCUCCCUCCUCUCCCUCCCGGCCGCGCGCUGACAGGGGGGCCUGGCCGCGCCGCCGAUGAAAACAAAUAGUAUAUGAUCUUCUCAAAGUCCUACAGCAAGGAGGUAGAAGAGCCAAGACUCAGGAUUCUGACACUUUAUGACAUGUCAUUAUCUAGAGCAAUAAUGGACAUUGACCUGUUUCGGAUUAGUUGAUGACCUUUGGAAAUGAUCCAAUAAUAUCCACCACACAGAAGCUGAAUAUACUUCAUUUGGUGAAUAGCCCAGAUUGUCACUGGAUUUUUCAAGAUGACAGAUCCAAUGAUGGACUUUUUUGAUGAUGCCAAUCUUUUUGGUGAGACCUUAGAAGGUUUGUCAGAUGAUGCAUUUGUACAGCCAGGACCUGUUUCACUCGUUGAUGAAUUGAACUUGGGUGCAGAAUUUGAACCUUUGCACAUAGACUCACUGAACCAUGUACAAGGUACUCCAACACAUCAGAAGAUAACUGAUUAUGAGCAGUUAAAUCAGUUUGAUUCAAUGAAAUUUCACCAAGUCAAUCAGCCUUUUGGUAGCCCAGCUGAACAUGUGUUAUCUCCACACUCUCAGUUUAAUUGUUCUCCGAUCCACCCCCAAAACCAGCCCAAUGGUUUGUUUCCAGAUGUAGCAGAUGGCAGUCCAAUGUGGGGCCAUCAGACAGCUACCAGCAUUUCCAAUCAAAAUGGGUCUCCUUUUCACCAACAAGGACAUUCUCACUCUAUGCAUCAAAAUAAAAGCUUUGUGGUACACCAUGACUUUGCCUUAUUUCAGGCUGGUGAGCAACAAACACAGUGCACUUCACUACGCUCACAACAAAACAGAAAUAAUCUUAACCCAGGGCAGAAUUCUCUCAGCCAGUCUAAAAAUUUUAUGGAUGUUAAUGUUUCCGGUCCACACAGAGUCAGUGUUAACCACCCAUCACAAAUCCCUAAUGCAUCUACGUCACAACAGUCUCUUUCAAUGCAGCAAUUUUCCCAAACGUCAAAUCCUUCAGUUCACUUCCUCAAGUGUAGCAGUCAUCAAGAAGGGAAUUUCAAUGGACCCUCUCCAAAUAUGACUUCUUGUUCUGUCAGUAAUUCACAGCAGUUUUCUUCACAUUAUUCCUUUUCCAGUAAUCACGUCUCACCAAACAGUCUUCUGCAGGCCUCUGCAGUACUUGCACCUAAUCAUACAAAUCAGACUUUAUCUGAUUAUACCGGAAGUAACUCCUUUUCACCUCAUCGGGGAAUCAAGCAAGAAUCCACUCAGCAUAUGCUAAAUCCCAAUACAUCGUUGAAUUCAAAUAAUUUCCAAAUGUUGCAUUCAUCACAUCCUCAGGGUAAUUAUAGCAAUUCAAAAUUAUCUCCUGUGCACAUGAACUUCCCAGAUCCUGUUGACUCAGGAACUCAAAUGGGCCAUUUCAAUGAUCACGUGGAAACUAAUGGCUUUUCAUCUUUAGAAGAGAAUUUACUUCAUCAAGUGGAGUCUCAAACUGAGCCAUUCACAGGACUUGACCCAGAAGACCUCCUCCAGGAGGGUCUUCUUCCCCAAUUUGAUGAGGCAGCAUUUGGACAAGAUCAUUCAAGUCAUGUGUUAGAUCAUGACCUUGAACGGCAGUUUACUUCACAUCUUGUAACUCGGCCUUCGGAUAUGGCUCAAACACAGCUGCAUAGUCAGGCUCGGAGUUGGCACUCUUCACUUUCCAAUCAUCAGCAUUUACAUGACAGAAAUCGCCUAUAUUUACAGCGACAGCCUCCAUCUUCCAAGAAGAGUGAUGGUUCUGGGACGUACACUAAGUUGCAGAAUACCCAGGUGAGGAUCAUGUCUGAGAAGAAGCAGAGGAAAAAAGUGGAAUCAGAAAGCAAGCAAGAAAAGGCGAAUCGGAUCAUAUCAGAGGCCAUAGCAAAAGCAAAGGAACGUGGGGAACGCAAUAUUCCACGAGUAAUGAGUCCUGAAAACUUUCCUAGUGCUUCAGUUGAAGGAAAAGAAGAAAAGAAAGGUAGACGGAUGAAAUCCAAGCCAAAGGACAAAGAGAGCAAAAGAACAAAAACUUGUUCUAAGUUAAAAGAGAAGGCAAAAAUUGGCAAACUCAUUAUUACAUUGGGUAAGAAACAAAAAAGAAAGAAUGAGUCUUCAGAUGAGAUAUCUGAUACAGAACAGAUGCCACAGCACACUUGCAAAGAGGAGGACUCUCAAAAAAGAAGAUCAAAUCGUCAAAUUAAAAGAAAAAAAUAUGCAGAAGAUGCAGAAGGGAAACAAUCGGAAGAAGAGGUUAAAGGUUCUAUGAAAAUAAAAAAGAAUUCAGCUCCUUUACCUGGUGAACAGCCUUUACAAUUAUUUGUGGAGAAUCCAAGUGAAGAAGAUGCUGCAAUUGUAGACAAAAUACUAUCUUCCAGAAUUGUGAAAAAGGAAGUAUCACCUGGAGUGAUGAUUGAUACAGAAGAAUUUUUUGUAAAAUACAAGAAUUACUCCUAUCUUCACUGUGAGUGGGCCACAGAGCAGCAGCUUUUGAAAGAUAAAAGGAUCCAGCAGAAAAUCAAACGAUUCAAAUUGAGACAAGCACAAAGAGCACAUUUUUUUGCAGAUAUGGAAGAGGAACCAUUUAACCCAGACUACGUUGAAGUAGACAGAGUGUUAGAAGUCUCUUUUUGUGAAGAUAAAGAUACUGGUGAGCCUGUUAUUUACUACUUAGUAAAGUGGUGCUCAUUACCAUAUGAAGAUAGUACGUGGGAACUAAAAGAAGACGUAGAUCUUGCAAAAAUAGAAGAGUUUGAACAGUUACAAGCUUCAAGGCCUGACACAAGACAUUUGGAUCGUCCUCCCGCUAAUAUUUGGAAAAAAAUUGAUCAAUCCAGGGACUAUAAAAAUGGCAAUCAACUCAGGGAAUAUCAACUGGAAGGACUCAACUGGCUCUUAUUCAAUUGGUACAAUAGACGAAACUGCAUUUUAGCAGAUGAAAUGGGUCUUGGCAAAACCAUUCAAUCAAUUACAUUCCUCUACGAAAUCCUUCUGACUGGUAUAAGAGGACCUUUCCUGAUUAUUGCUCCACUUUCUACUAUUGCAAACUGGGAGAGAGAAUUUCGUACAUGGACUGAUAUUAAUGUUGUGGUUUAUCAUGGGAGCCUGAUUAGCAGACAGAUGAUACAGCAAUAUGAGAUGUACUUCAGGGACUCACAGGGUCGUAUCAUUCGAGGAGCUUACAGAUUCCAAGCCAUCAUCACCACUUUUGAAAUGAUUCUUGGUGGCUGUGGAGAGCUUAAUGCAAUUGAAUGGCGAUGUGUGAUUAUUGAUGAAGCACAUAGGUUAAAAAAUAAAAAUUGUAAACUUCUAGAAGGUCUGAAACUCAUGAAUCUGGAACACAAGGUGCUUCUGACUGGCACACCUCUCCAAAAUACAGUUGAAGAACUAUUUAGUCUUCUUCACUUUCUGGAACCUUUAAGGUUUCCUUCUGAAUCAACAUUUAUGCAAGAAUUUGGGGAUCUGAAAACAGAGGAACAGGUGCAGAAACUUCAGGCUAUCCUGAAGCCGAUGAUGUUGAGACGGUUAAAAGAAGAUGUGGAAAAGAAGCUGGCACCAAAGGAAGAAACCAUCAUUGAAGUGGAACUUACUAACAUUCAGAAGAAAUACUACCGGGCUAUUUUGGAGAAGAACUUCUCAUUUUUAUCCAAAGGAGCAGGGCAGACCAAUGUCCCUAACUUGGUCAAUACCAUGAUGGAGCUCAGGAAGUGCUGCAAUCAUCCAUAUCUUAUCAAAGGUGCUGAGGAGAAAAUACUUGGAGAAUUUAGAGAUACAUAUAAUCCAGCUGCUUCUGAUUUUCAUCUUCAAGCAAUGAUCCAGUCUGCUGGUAAAUUGGUCCUUAUUGAUAAAUUACUUCCCAAAAUGAAAGCUGGAGGUCAUAAAGUGCUCAUCUUCUCUCAGAUGGUACGCUGCCUUGACAUCCUGGAGGACUAUCUCAUUCAUAAAAGAUAUUUAUACGAGCGAAUCGAUGGAAGAGUCAGAGGGAAUCUUCGACAAGCUGCUAUAGAUCGAUUUAGUAAACCUGAUUCAGAUCGAUUUGUUUUCCUUCUGUGUACCCGAGCUGGUGGGUUGGGCAUCAACCUAACUGCUGCUGAUACAUGUAUAAUUUUUGAUUCUGAUUGGAAUCCUCAGAAUGACCUGCAGGCCCAAGCUCGUUGCCACAGAAUCGGUCAGAAUAAAGCAGUUAAAGUCUACCGACUAGUAACUCGUAACUCAUAUGAGAGAGAGAUGUUUGACCGAGCCAGUCUGAAACUGGGUCUAGAUAAGGCUGUGUUACAGAGCAUGAGCGGAAGAGAAAGUAAUGUUGGUGGUAUUCAGCAGCUUUCCAAAAAGGAAAUUGAAGAUCUGCUUCGAAGAGGUGCUUAUGGUGCCAUUAUGGAGGAAGAAGAUGAGGGCUCUAAAUUCUGUGAGGAGGAUAUUGAUCAGAUUUUACUACGUCGGACAAAAACUAUUACAAUUGAGUCAGAAGGACGUGGGUCAACAUUUGCUAAGGCUAGUUUUGUGGCAUCUGGAAAUCGGACAGAUAUUUCCUUAGAUGAUCCCAACUUCUGGCAGAAAUGGGCUAAGAAGGCAGAAAUAGAUAUAGAUGCCAUCAGUGGCAGAAACAGCUUGGUUAUUGACACUCCAAGAAUUAGGAAGCAAACAAGACCCUUUAGCGCAACGAAAGAUGAAUUGGCUGAAUUAUCUGAAGCCGAAAGUGAAGGAGAUGAAAAGCCCAAACUCCGGAGACCCUGUGACCGUUCCAAUGGCUAUGGAAGAACUGAAUGCUUUAGAGUAGAGAAAAAUCUUCUCGUUUAUGGAUGGGGCCGGUGGAGAGAGAUUCUGUCUCACGGUCGUUUUAAGAGACAGCUGAACGAGCAUGAUGUAGAAAUAAUUUGCCGAGCCCUCUUAGCAUAUUGCCUUGUUCACUACCGAGGAGAUGAGAAAAUUAAAGGCUUCAUAUGGGAUCUCAUUACUCCAACUGAAGAUGGGCAGACAAGAGAGCUACAGAAUCAUCUAGGCCUAUCAGCCCCUGUACCCAGGGGUCGAAAAGGAAAGAAAGUAAAGACUCAAACAAGCUCAUUUGAUAUACAGAAAGCAGAAUGGCUUCGAAAAUACAAUCCUGAGCAGCUACUUCAAGAUGAAGGAUACAAAAAACAUAUAAAACACCACUGUAAUAAGGUUUUGCUUCGUGUAAGAAUGCUGUAUUAUCUAAAGCAAGAAGUCAUUGGAAAUGAGUGUCAAAAAGUAUUUGAUGGAGUUGAUGCAAAUGACAUUGAUGUUUGGGUCCCAGAACCAGACCACUCAGAAGUUCCUGCUGAAUGGUGGGAUUUCGAUGCUGAUAAGUCACUUCUUAUUGGAGUUUUUAAACAUGGUUAUGAAAAAUAUAACACUAUCCGAGCAGACCCAGCAUUAUGCUUCUUGGAAAGAGUGGGAAAACCUGAUGAGAAAGCAGUUGCUGCGGAACAGAGGGCAAAUGAUUAUAUGGAUGGGGACGUGGAAGAUCCAGAAUACAAACCUGCCCCAGCUAUCUUUAAAGAUGAUAUAGAGGAUGAUGUUUCUUCACCAGGAGAUCUUGUUAUAGCAGAUGGAGAUGGUCAACUGAUGGAAGGUGAUAAAAUUUAUUGGCCAACUCAGUCAGCUUUAACUACACGUUUGAGGCGUCUCAUCACUGCAUAUCAGCGUACUAAUAAAAACAGACAAAUCCAGCAGAUACAGCCUACUUUCUCAGCGCCCGCCAGUGUAAUGCAGCCUCUUUACGAAGAAGCCACUCUCAAUCCUAAAAUGGCCGCCAAGAUAGAGAGACAGCAAAGGUGGACGAGAAGAGAAGAAGCUGAUUUUUAUAGAGUUGUGUCUACAUUUGGAGUGGUAUUUGACCCUGACAGAGGCCAAUUUGAUUGGACAAAAUUUAGAGCUAUGGCUAGGCUGCAUAAGAAAACUGAUGAUAGCUUGGAAAAGUAUUUGUAUGCGUUCAUGUCUAUGUGUCGGAGGGUUUGUCGUCUUCCUUCCAAAGAAGAAUUGGUGGAUCCAAAUAUUUUUAUCCAGCCAAUCACAGAAGAACGUGCUUCUAGGACUUUGUACCGUAUUGAACUUCUAAGGAAAGUACGGGAACAGGCCCUCCGGCAUCCGCAAUUGUUUGAACGCUUGAAGCUUUGCCAUCCAAAUCCAGACUUACCAGUCUGGUGGGAAUGUGGCCCUCAUGAUAGGGACUUGCUCAUUGGAGCUGCUAAACAUGGGGUGAGCCGAACAGACUAUCACAUUCUUCGUGAUCCUGAACUCUCCUUUAUGGCAGCUCAAAGGAACUACAGUCAAAGUAAGAUGGCUCAUUCAAGGACUUCUACCCCACUUUUACAGCAAUAUCAAGUAGCACUUUCUGCUUCUCCUCUUACCUCUCUACCUAGGCUCCUAGAUGCUAAAGGUAUUAUUCUAGAGGAUAUGAAAGUUAAAAGUGAAAAUCUUAAAGAGGAGCCUCAGUCUUCUGAAGAAGAAUCUAUGUCUUCUGAGGAAACCAGGACACUAAUAAAGUCUGAGCCUGUAAGUCCAAAGAACGGGGUUUUACCACAGGCCACUGGAGACCAGAAAUCUGGUGGAAAAGGUGAAACAGACAGACGCAUGGUUGCAGCCAGAACAGAACCCCUCACUCCAAACCCAGCUUCUAAGAAACAGCGAGUCCACAAAAGAGGAUCCGAAUCUAGUUCUGAGUCUGACUCUGAUUCUGAGAGAUCAUCCUGUUCUUCCAGAUCAUCUUCUUCCUCGUCUUCCUCCUCCUCUUGUUCCCACUCUCGAUCAGGCUCUAGUUCUUCUUCAUCCUCCUCUUGUUCUUCAGCAUCGUCCUCAUCCUCAUCCUCAUCCUCUUCCUCAUCAUCCUCCUCUUCAUCUUCAUCAGAAGACAGUGACAGUGAAGAAGACGAAGUCCAAAAGCGAGCAGAAGGUACCCCUCACGUGAAAGCCUAUGAUGAAGAAAGUGUUGCGUCACUGAGCACUACCCAGGACGAGACCCAGGAUAGUUUCCAGAUGAACAAUGGGACACCAGAGUCCGCUUACAUCUUACAAGGGGGAUACAUGCUAGCAGCUUCAUAUUGGCCAAAGGACCGCGUGAUGAUCAACCGGCUGGACAGUAUAUGUCAAACAGUGCUGAAAGGGAAGUGGCCUUCAGCUCGAAGAAGUUACGAUGCCAACACAGUGGCUUCUUUCUAUACCACAAAACUGCUGGACAGUCCUGGCGCAGCUACAGAAUAUAGCGAACCCAGUGUACCCACUCCCCCAGGUGCCGGUGUUAAAGAAGAACACGAUCAGUCAACACAGAUGUCAAAGGUGAAGAAGCAUGUACGAGAAAAGGAGUUUACAGUGAAAAUCAAAGACGAAGGUGGUUUGAAGUUGACAUUUCAGAAGCAAGGGCUUGCUCAGAAAAGACCGUUGGAUAGUGAAGACGGUGCCCUGGGGCAGCAGCAGUACCUCGCUCGGCUUCGGGAGCUGCAGAGUGCAUCAGAGACCGGCCUCGCCAGUUUCCCCAAAUCCAUGCCAGUAUCAGGUACUUCCAUUCAGUCAACCCUUGGUGCCAAUGGAGUUAGAUUGGACAACCAGCCUAUAGUCAAAAAAAGGCGGGGAAGAAGGAAGAAUGUAGAAGGUGUUGACAUCCUCUUUUUUAACAGAAAUAAACCACCUAACCAUGUUACUUUAGGCUUAACCACCUCACAGGUUUCUACAGGGAUAAAUCCAGCACUGUCCUAUCCUCAACCUCAAGGAAUUCCUGAUACGGAAAGUCCAGUUCCAGUUAUUAACCUCAAAGAUGGGACAAGACUUGCAGGCGAUGAUGCGCCAAAGAGAAAGGAUUUGGAAAAAUGGCUUAAGGAGCACCCAGGUUAUGUGGAAGAUUUAGGAGCUUUUAUUCCUAGAAUGCAGCUCCAUGAAGGGAGGCCCAAACAAAAAAGGCAUCGUUGCAGAAACCCUAAUAAGCUCGAUGUUAAUAGUCUUACUGGAGAAGAACGUGUUCAGCUGAUUAACAGAAGAAAUGCCAGAAAGGUUGGAGGUGCAUUUGCUCCCCCUUUGAAAGAUUUGUGUAGAUUCCUAAAAGAAAAUUCAGAAUAUGGAGUAGCUCCUGAAUGGGGAGAUGUUGUUAAGCAGUCUGGAUUUCUUCCAGAAAGUAUGUAUGAGCGUAUUCUCACUGGUCCUGUUGUGAGAGAGGAGGUCAGCAGGCGGGGGCGGCGGCCUAAAAGUGGAAUCGCCAAGGCCACGGCGGCAGCGGCGGCGGCAACUGCCACCAGCGUGUCAGGCAAUCCUUUGUUAGCCAACGGAUUACUUCCAGGUGUGGAUCUCACAACCCUUCAGGCCUUACAACAAAACCUACAAAACUUGCAGUCUCUGCAAGUCACCGCAGGGCUAAUGGGAAUGCCUGCCGGCCUCUCUUCUGGAGGAGAAGCUAAAAACGUGGCCGCCAUGUUCCCCAUGCUGCUGUCGGGAAUGACUGGCUUACCAAAUCUGCUGGGCAUGGGAGGACUCCUGACAAAGCCUACCGAAUCUGGAACCGAAGAGAAAAAGGGAAAUGACUCGAAGGAGCUAGAAGGAAAAAAAGAAAGGACAGAGAGUCAAAAUUCAGAGAACGGGGGAGAAAACUCCGUGUCGAGUUCUCCUUCCACGUCCUCUACUGCGGCAUUAAGUACAGCUGCCGCCGCCAGCCCGUUAGCUCUUAACCCACUACUGCUGUCUAAUAUACUCUAUCCAGGGAUGCUGCUCACUCCAGGCCUUAAUCUCCACAUGCCGACUUUGUCCCAGUCCAAUACUUUUGACGUACAGAAAAACAAAAACAGUGACUUAGGCUCGUCUAAGUCGCAGGAAGUAAAGGAGGAAGAUUCCAGAGUUAGAGAUCAGGAAGACAAAGGGGGAACUGAAGCAAGUCCUCUCAACGAGAACAGCACAGAUGAGGGUUCAGAAAAAGCCGACGCUUCGUCUGGAUCUGACAGUACGUCGUCGUCGUCCGAGGAUUCAGAUUCUAGUAACGAAGACUGACUCCCAGAACUGCACUUAAAUUAUGAACUGAUUUUGGAUUUUUUUUCUUUAAUUAUGAAUUGUAAAUACCCCAGUGUUGAGUGCAUCAGUAGCUUACUGACCGAACAUUUCAGUUAUUUGUUUAGAAGUGCAAACUGCUUUCAGAGACGUUUUGCAUGUAAUAUUUCUUAAGACCCAUAAGUUUCUGAACUCGUAUGUACUAUCAAAUACAUAAAGGUGUAAAAUUACAACAAAAAGGCAUUAUAAUUUUGUUGGGGGUUAAUUUUAUGAAAAUUAUGCUCGAUAAGAGUUGUAUAUUUAAUAUAUUUGCAGUGAACACAGAAUACUUUAUGCAUAUUACUGAUUUAAUUUGAAUAUAGUUUUACAGCCUCCUUGACACCUAUAAUUUACAGAUCAAAACUCAGCAAUAAUUUGGGCAGCUAAUGAAUGUCAUGAAAGCUGUAGAAUCUUCAUCACCAUCCAUUGCUUUAAUUACAUGAAAAUGCGCUAGUGUCGUGAUGCACUGCUGACCUUUCCAAUUCAGGUACACGUGUGUUUUAAAGAAGAAAUAAGUUUCCCAAUCAGCCAAUUUAACUGGCUACCUGUUACCUCAGCUGAGUUAGUUUAGGAAGUUUACAUUCGUUUCUAAUUCUAUACUUGUUUUCAGGGGUUUUUUAAACACAUCCUCUAUAUCAUGUUAAUCUGGCAAGAAAUAUGACUUGCUUUUUGCUGAGCUUAACUCUGAUAUCAGUAAAAUUAAGUCAUAAAAGAAUCCUGUGUCAUGGGACUUUGGCACCCUCUAGACAUACUUAGUUUUACUUUUUCAAAGUUUGGCCUCCUGUGAGAAAUCAUUAUGUCUCCAACGAGUAACGUCUGUUUCCAGGGUUCAGAAAAGGCAAACUCAUGAAAUACCACUGAGAAGAACCUUCCACACAGCAUACUUCAUGUAAAAGAAAUCGUUUGUUUGCUUUAUUUGUGUAGAUUUCUAUUUGUGUUUUAUGUCAUGGAAAUAGUCCAACAUUAACUGAUCAUAGUGAUAAAGUAAUAUGCAGAAUAGUCUAAAUUCAUUUUUUUUUUUUUUUUAGUUUCUAGGUAUAAGCAGACUAAAUGUUGCCCAGAAUCAGUGUUGGGUUAUCAGUUUAUAUUAAAUAUACUGAGUUGGCCCAUUUUGAAUAUGCACUUUGAAUGAUCUCAAAAAAUAUGUACAAGUUAUACCUGUAAACCACAAAAACGAAGCCCAAGGCUUUUCUGAUCAAUUUCUUAGAACCCUUUAUCAUGUAAAAUUUGUCUGAUAUUUGAUUUGUGAUACAGUUUCUCCUGGUAAAGCUGCUAUUAAUUCCAACAAGAUGGAGUGGUCCAGGAUCACCUUCAUGUACAUUUAAAGCAAUUAGAACUGAAUUGGACAUAAAAUACCAUUUACAUCCUAAGGCGAGGGAGAUGUUAGCAUUUUCCUGGUACUUGAAUAAGUCAGUGAUAAAGUUUGUGAGGGGCUAAAUCUAGGGGGAAAAGUACCCCACUUCUCUCCCACAGAAAAAAAAAAUAACUUUCAAUACGUUUUGAUAGAACUCUGUUUUUUUAUCAUGAAUCCAGCAAUUAUAUUGGAUUUUCCCAGAUCUUUACCAGUAAAUUAUGUUUCUGUAUGUAAGAUAACUAAUCCCUCAUUAGAGAGACAGUGUUACAUGUAUUUACAAAAUCAUAUAAGUUCCAUCGAGAUUGUAUUGAUUUUUGUAUUUUUCCCAAAAUAGUACUUUGAAUUGAUAGUUCUUUAUGCAAUGUCUUAGCAAUAGUCACUAUAAUGCCCAUCCAGGAGAAGUGGGUAGUAAUUCUUCAUCAUGAAAAUGAUAUAUUACAUAUUUAGUAUCUUCCCUUUGCAGUAUUGCACUUUUGUUUAACUAGAAUACACCUAUGAGAUAGCCAAAGUUUUCAAACACAGUUAACUUAGUUUGCCGGUGGGGUAUUUCAACACCAUCCAUAUUUCCCUCUCUCCCUCUAGUUCUACCCACAUAAUCUUCAUUCCUUUCUUUCCCCAAUUAAAAAAAAAAAAAAAGGGAAAAAAAGCCCUAGAUCUUGUCACUAAAAAUCUAAUUUAUAUCAAAUUUAUGAGAUAAAGUAUUUUCCUAAUUAUGAUCAAAUGAAUUUGGUUAACAUUUAGUGAUUCUCUUUCUAUGUAAUAAGGCAAUUGCAGUUUUCAAAGCAUUAAAGCUAAUACUAACGUUCAACUUUCUCUUGGGUUUCAAGACACUUCUAUUUAGUAUUGACUGGGGAAAAGUUGUCCAGAUGUCAGCUUAAAAAAAUGCAAAUAUGGUUGUGUAAAGUUAAGGGUUAUAAGGAAAAAAAAUCAGUAGAAUUACAUAAUACUAAAGUUGCAGUUGAAAGGAUAUCCAAGUAUGUGUUGGUAGUUACUAAAAGAAUUAUAGCUGUUAUUGCCUUGUAUUUAUAGCCCUUGUUUCAGGUUUCAUUAUUCAAGUCUUAGUCCAAUUUUUCUUUUGGACAUUUGCAAUAUUUACCAGUUGUGUUUUGUGUAGUCUGAAUUUGCUUUCUGUAGUUGAGCAAACGUCUUAAAAAGUCAUUUGUAAUUUAUUAAAUUACUUUCUAUGAUGUUCUAUAGAGCAAAUGGAAGUUUAAUUAUUUUUUAUUAAACAUAUUCUUUGACUACCCUUGAUGUCAGCCUCUGUACAUGACAAUACUCCUUUUUUUAAUUGACUUUUAUCUAUAAUUUAUCUUAAUCUAGUUGCAAAAGAAACCCUAGUCCUAAAUCUCUAAAAGGAAAGUAUACCUUGGAAGAAUUUUUUAAAGACAGAAGUUGGCUAUAAUUAUAUCCACAAUAUUAUUAUUUCCUUAAGUUUUCUUCCCCUGACCUUUAAAAAUGUCCAGAAAGACUCAGACAUGUACAUAACCUCGUACAGGAGUACAUUUUGGAUAUCAGUAAUUAUUUUUCCCCCUUGGUCUUAAGAGUCUUUCCUAAUUCAUCACUAUUGUUUUUAGCAUUUUUGUAAACGUGAAGGAAAUGUAGUUGUCCCCUAAUUAGAAAAGUAGAGCAGUGGAGUCCCAUCAUACGCUCAUUUAACUUAGAACCCAUUUACCUAUACUUUGGUGCUUAGAAAACCUUUUUUUUUUUUUUCUUUUUUGUACAAUGUAGCAUGUAAACACAAGCCAACUCCUUUGUCUAGUGCUCACCCAGAGGACUGUCUGUACCAGUGCUGGAGGAAGAAUUGGCUAUGUUAGAUGUUUCUGAAAGAAGAUACACUAUGUACAAAGCGAUGGAUUCUGUAUUUUGUGAGCUAUAGGAGGGAGAGCGAUUUUUGACUACAAGUAAUGUUCAUCUUCUACAAUAAAUUUAGAACUUAGUCUCUAGGUAAAUACAACUCCAGUACAUAAGCUAUUUAUUUUAAAAUGCAGAAAAGCACAAAGAAAAAAUAUUUAAAUCAUCAUAAACCUGCCCUGAGAUAAAUACUGUUCAUACAGAGAUGUUUUUAUAUGUAUGUUAUAUACAUGUAGUGGGUGGAAUUGUCAUCCAAAAAUUUAUGUCAACCCAGAACCUCAGAAUGUGACCUUAUUUGGAAAUAGGAUCCUGGCAGAUGUCAUUAGUUAAGACGCAGUUAUACUAGGGGUGGGUGGGCCCUAAAUCCAAUGACUGGUUCCUGAUAAGAAGACUAGAGGACACACGACAAAGGGAAGAAGGUCAUAAGCCAACAAGCAGAUUGGAGUGAUACGGAUGCAGCCCAGAACACUGAGGAUUGUCAGCAACCACUGGAAGCUAGGAGAGCAUCAUGGAACAGAUUCUCCUUCCAAGCCUCCAGAAGGAAGCAACCUGGCCAACACCUUGAUUUUGGACUUGGGGCCUGAAUUGUGGGAGAAUAAAUUUCUAUUGUUUUAAGCCACCCCGUUUGUGAUAAUUUGUUAUGGUAGCCCUAGGAAACUUACACAUUUUCAUAUUAAAGCAGUAUUAUAUGGUACAUAAUAUUUACUGUUCUGCCCUUAAUACACUGACAUGUCAAUAAGAAGCCCGUGUUGUGAUGUUUAAUACAUAGUAUUGUCUCAUACAGAUGUAAUUUAUUUAACCAUGUACUUAAAAAUGGACAUUUGAGUUUAUGCAUCUUUUGCAUCCUUCCUAGGACUUCCUUAAUCCCUAGAAGGGAGACAACUUCCUCUGUUUUUAAGGAUUUGGAUUUGUGUUGCCAAGUUUACAGCGAUGCCAUGAGUAGCAAUUUAUACUAGCCCAGCAGCAUCCAUUUUGUGCAUGUUCACCCCAAAAUCUUACCAAUACUGUGUAUUGUCUUUUGAAGUAUCUUUGCCAAAUUAAUAGGCAAAAAUACCAUCUUGAUGAAUUUUUAAAUUAUUCUUCCUUUUUCUUACUAAAAAAUAAGACAUGCGUAUUCUAGAAAAUUGGGGGGUGGAGGGUUGAGGAGGAGUUGAGGAAGCACAAAGUAAACCAAAACCCCCAUAAUGUUGAAUGCUCAGUGAUAACUGUUAAACUUUGGGUCAUUUUCCUAUGCAUAUACAUAUUAUAUAUUAUUUUAAUAAGAAUGGAGUUAUACUGUACAUACCAUUUUGUAACUUCUCUUUCAUUUAUUAUAUCGUGAUAAUUUUCCUAUGUCAUUAAAGAAUCUCCCACAGCAUUUUUAAGGACGUUCUCAUUCCACUAUAUAAGAUGCAACAUAAUUUAUUUAAUGCCUGAUUAUUGAGCAUUUAGAUAUUUUUCAGUUUGGGGCUAUUUAAACAAAGAUGUUUGUAAUUAAGUCUCUUCAUACACUUAGGAUUUUUUCAUUAAAAUAAACACUUAGACAUAAAAUAGUUCUGUUUGAAUUUAAGACCAGUUUAAUUGUAUUGUUUUCUACCCCAACAGCAGAGCCUGAAACUACUUCCUUCCCCGUGUCUCUUUGGCACCCUUGGGCCUUAGAAUAUUUCUAACCUUUGUCAAUUUGAUAGACAAAAAAAUAGAUUGUUUUAGUUUACAUUUCUUUGAUUAUUAGUAAUAUAAAGUCUUUCGUAUCUCUUCAUAAGGCCAUUUGUAUUCUGUGUAUUAACUGUUCAUGUUCUCUGUGCAAUAUCUGUUUUAUAAGUGGUAAAUAUUUUUCCCAAUUUGCCUGUGAUUUUUCCUUUUUUUUAAUGUGCAAUUUUUACAUUUUUAUGUGGUCAUUUUGAUAUUCCAUUUUUUCACAUUUAAGUUUCUGAUGUUUUUCCACCGAAAAAUCUUUUCACCCCCAAAUUAUAGACAUGUUUACUUUUUUUUAAUAUUUAGUGUUUUUGUUGACUUAGAAUUUAUUUUGGUAACAUACAUAUAGUAUAAGAAUCCUAAUUU